GUGGUGCUAUGGAGUAAAUAAUGCAAUGUAAUAAUAAAAAUUUGCAAUUUACAGAAGAAGAUGAUGUAGUUUACUGGGAGAAGAUAGAGGUUGACAUCGAUGGAAUGAGAAACAUGGGUGAUCCUUCUUUUCAACGGCAUUACAGAUUGUCGAAAGCAACUUUUGAGGUGCUUUUGGAGACUCUGGCUAAUUACAUGAUGGACACAGGAAGAAUAAUUCGAGUAAGGAACCGUCUUGAUGUGCCCCUAUUGAUGACACUACGGAUCUUAGCCAAUCCUGAUACCUUCAGAAGUGUGGCGUUGCAUUUUGGAGUCUUACCUGGUUCUGUCCACGAAAACUACUCCAUUAUAAUUGAAUGUCUCAGGGAGAUGGCUCCCAUCUACAUCAAGUGGCCAGAUGCUCAAGAGAGAGAACACAUUAGUAGCGUAUUUGAAGCGUAUUCUGGUUUUCCUGGUGUUGUGGGUGUCAUCGAUGGCACUCACAAUGUAAUUACUGCACCAAGUCAGCAGGCAGAGAGAUAUAGAAACAGAUACAAAACCUACAGCUUUAAUACAAUGGCUGUGUGCGAUCACAAUCUUCUGAUUAGAGACUUGCAUGUAGGGGAAGUAGGAAGCCUGCAUGACUCUAGAGUAUUCAGGCGCAGCCCUCUCUUCAGGAAGCUGCUAGAAGAUGAUAAUGAUGAAUUAUUGCAAUAUGAUCAACACAUACUUGGAGACAAAGCCUAUGCUCUAAUGGACAGUGUGAUGGUCCCUUUUAAAAAUUUGGGAAAUUUAACUGCAGAAGAGCGGGCAUACAAUCAUUCACUCUGCAAGUCAAGGGUGCGCAUCGAGCAUGCCUUUGGCAAAUCAUUUGGCCAAUGGCGGAGAAUGAAACAUCUAGAAUCAGCCAAUGUUGAGAUAGCAGUGGAUCAUAUAACUGCAUGCUUUGUUUUGCACAACUUUAUGAUAUUGAAUGGAGAGAAGCUACUUACUGGUAGGAUGACCUUUCAAAAAGUAACUUGAUAAUGCAAGUAUAAUUUAUAGUGGAGGGAACCUUAAUGAACCUUGUUUCUUUACAGGA